GAGACAUGGGGUCAGAGUCAGUGAAGGUGGUGGUCAGAUGCAGGCCCCUGAAUGACAGGGAGAAGACUCUGGGCUCUACGAUGGUGCUGUCCAUGGACCUGCACCGCUGCCAGUGCUUCAUCGAGAAGCCCAAUGCAGUGGAUGAGCCGCCCAAACAGUUCACCUUUGAUGGGACCUACUUCAUUGAUCAAACCACUGAGCAGAUGUACAACGAGAUCGCCUAUCCUUUGGUUGAGGGCGUCACUGAAGGAUAUAAUGGCACAAUCUUUGCCUAUGGACAAACUGGAAGUGGGAAGUCCUUCACCAUGCAGGGAGUGUCCGAUCCUGCAGCCCAGAGGGGCGUCAUUCCUCGAGCCUUUGAGCACGUCUUUGAGAGUAUUCAGUGUGCAGAAAAUACAAAAUUCUUGGUGAGGGCCUCCUACUUGGAGAUUUACAACGAAGAAAUCCGAGACCUUUUGGGAAAUGACACCAAACAUAAAUUGGAGCUGAAGGAGCAUCCAGAGCGUGGGGUGUAUGUGCGGGACCUGUCCAUGCACACUGUGCACAGCGUCGGGGAGUGUGAGAGAAUCAUAGAGCAGGGCUGGGGGAACCGGGCAGUGGGCUACACGCUGAUGAACAAGGACUCUUCCCGCUCACACUCCAUCUUCACCAUCCAUCUGGAGAUCUGCAACACAGACGCAGCUGGCCAGGAUCAUCUGCGAGCAGGUAAACUCAACCUUGUUGACCUGGCUGGUAGCGAGCGUCAGUCUAAAACCGGCGCUACAGGUGAGCGACUCCGCGAGGCCACCAAGAUCAACCUCUCCCUCUCGGCCCUGGGUAACGUCAUCUCUGCCUUGGUGGACGGACGCUCCAAAUACAUCCCCUACCGCGACUCCAAGCUGACCAGACUGCUGCAGGACUCUCUGGGAGGUAACACCCGCACCUUGAUGAUCGCCUGUCUCUCCCCCGCUGACAACAACUACGAGGAGAGCCUGAGCACGCUGCGCUACGCCAAUCGGGCCAAGAGCAUCCAGAACAGGCCUCGGAUCAAUGAGGACCCCAAAGAUGCUCUGCUGCGGGAGUAUCAGGAGGAGAUCAAGAAGUUGCGGGCCCUCAUCUCAGGCCAGCUCGGCACAGCUAACCUUGAGUCUUUGCUGGCUGGUCAGUUGUCUGAGACAUCCCCCGCUGUUCCUUCAAGGCCGCAGUCCAGCACCACAGAAGCAGAGAAGGAGAAGAUUAAAGAGGAGUACGAAGAGAGGCUGGCCAAGCUGCAGGCUGAGUACAAUGCAGAGCAGGAAUCCAAAGCAAAGCUGCAGGAGGACAUCACUGCCCUACGUUCCUCCUAUGAAACCAAGCUGUAUAAUCUGGAGAAGGCUCGAGCCAGCAGGGGGAGCUCUGUCCCAAAGAAUGAGAGCAGAAAAUCAUCAGGCCCCAACAAACAACAGGCUUCAGUGAACUCCAGCUGUAUGACGGAGGUAACCGAGGAAGAGGUCAGCCACGACACUGAUCCCAUGUGCCACAGUACGACUGGAGAAACGUCCCUGACCAAGUCCGAUGUACCUGGUGCAGCAGACGGUGUACAAAAAGGUCCAGACAGAGACACGCUCAGAGAUUCAACUGAUGUCACCACAGCAGGGCCUGUGGACCAGCAGCAUGUCCUGAAAAGACUGCAGCAGCUGGAGCAGGAGGUGGUCGGAGGAGAGCAGGCCAGAAACAAAGAGUUACAGCAGAGACAGAGGCAGAGGAAGAACCUCGCCGACCAGAGAAAAGUCCAGCUGAUCCGUGCUCUGUCCGAGAACGGUGAGGAGAGUGAAAAUGUGCUGCUGAACGUCUACAACUCGAUCCAGGAAGAAGUUCAUGCCAAAAGCCAAAUGCUGGUGAAGGUCCAGGGCAAGCUGAAAGCAGCCAAACUGGAGAUCCGGGACCUGCAGGCAGAGUUCGCGGUGGAGAGAGAUGACUACUUAGCAACGAUUCGGCGGCUGGAGAGGGAGGGCCAGUUACUGCACAGCCUGCUGGAGCGUAUGGUGCCUCUGGUGCGCCGUGACUGCAACUACAGCAACCUGGACCGCUUGAAGAAAGAAGCUGUCUGGGAUGAAGACAGCGCCACCUGGAGGCUGCCGGACGUGAUGGUGCAGAAAACAACACUGCCUUCAGCUGUUGCUCCAAAGCUGUCUGCUGGCAGAGGUUCGGCUGCUGAUACUGGCGAGCCAUUCAUGGUCGAAGAGGACAGGUACAAGGAAAUGCUGGACCGUAGUGACAGUGAGAACAUCGCCAGCAGCUAUUUCAAGUCAAAGAGAGCGAGCCAACUGCUUGGACGCGAAGCUACAAAGGCACACACCAUCCACUCUCCUCCCCUUGUUAACGGGGCGACCCAUCUCUCUGUAAGUGUUCCCACCAUGAACCUGCCUGUCAGCUCUGACUCUGUCCUGCCACGUCCCUUCCGCCUAGAGUCUUUGGGUGUCCCGGUGUCCAAUGGUAAGGUAAAGCGCAAAAAAAGCAAAUCUCAAAUCCAUAACGAGGGGAUUUGAAAGAAUAGUUCCCAUACCCUACAGUACUCAUACACAUCUCACUGUCUUCUGUUAUUUGACUUUGAAGCUUUUAUACACCGCAAUUAAUCACAUACAGUUAAAUUAUUAAAUAAGGAAUUUUUAAUGACCCAUGUGAACCAUGAAUUUAUACAGGCACCUUUUGUGGACAUUUUAUGUCAAGUUUGUCGUGUUUGAAAUCAAAUA